UUAUUUCUGUCGCAACACAUUCCCAACGAAAAACGACUAAACUGUCGCAAUUCGUUGCUCGCAUCGCAAGUGGCAAGUGGAACAUACUAUCGUAAACAUGGAUGGUUUCUGACCGUCGUCUUCCGUAUUUUAGGUAGAUUAGAUUGUUUACGAUGCAUAUAAAACUUUAGUAAAGUGAUUUUCUUUUCGGGAAAAUGACUUCAGAAAGGGUAGAAUGGGUGGAAAUAAUCGAGCCCAAGACAAAGGAACAUAUGUAUGCUAACCUCACUACGGGGGAAUGCGUAUGGGACCCACCUGAGGGAGUUAAAGUGAAACGGACAGACUCAUCCCAAUGGUGGGAACUUUUUGAUAUCAACACACAUAGAUUUUACUACUACAAUGCAUCAACUCAGACUACAGUAUGGCACAGGCCGACGGACUGUGAUAUCAUACCGUUAGCAAAGUUACAGACCCUGAAACAAAACACUGAUCCACAAAAAAGACGGGAAAGUGCCACGCAGACAAACCAGGCUGCACCUCAGGCUCCAUCAUCAAUAGACCCAGUCAGCAGCAAUGGCAACACCACGGCAGCGAGCGCCAGUAAACUGUCACCCAGCAACACCAAGAAUGUGUCCUUGCCACAGACCAGCCCCGUGCGGACCAGGCGCUCACAUUACCACCAUAGAAAUAGCGGCGAGAGGCGAGGCAGGCUGAGCGAAGAUGGAGCGAGCCAACUGUGCCGUCACACCGACUCUGGUCGUUCUUCUGAUAGCAGCGUCAGCAGUCAACGCCGCAAGCAGCAGGAGCUGGCGGCGGCGGCAUGCGCGCCGGUAUGCACGCCGCAGCUGCGGAAACGCAGCGGGCCCGCACCGCCGCUAGAAGCUGACAAAUGGUCGCCGCAUGCAGGAUUGAACAGGAGCGGCAGCUUCAUCUCGCCGCGGAAGGACGCCUCGGACGAUUCCAUGCACGAGAAAUACUUCAAAUCCGUUGAGAGCACACCUUUGACUAAACGCAAGUUGAAGCAGCAAUCGACUGGAUCGUCCUGCGAGUCGGCCUCCCCGCAAAGCCCGAGUAGCCCUCUGCAGAAACCGCAGCCACAGCCAUUUUUACAGACGUCAGCGGCGCGCCCUUCGCUGGUCUCAUCGAUCUCAUUGGCCACGGACGCGGCGGGCGGCUCCCGAGUUAUGCACAGCUUGGAGCGGCCGCACCAACUGUCGAGGCACGCUCGUGAACGUUACUCUGACAGACACCUGGACAAGGAUCGGCUGGUGGAGUUAGAGCGAGCGGAACGUUUCGACAAGCAGGCAGCGUAUAGUGUGGACAAACCCUUCCGGCAGACGAGUUUAGAUCUGCGGCAUCAUGCACCCAAUUGGCAUCCACCCAGGGAGUUCACUAGAAGGCAGCAAGCAGAACCGGAACGUUACACAUCGAGCAAAAGUUCGCUUUCGUCGGGCAGCAGCAAGAGGCAAGAGCCACACCACAACUUCAUGAGGCUUUGCUCGGCGAACGAGCAAGACAACAUGGCUGCUGUGAAUUACAAAAUGAAAUGCAUCAAUCUGGACCCGCCGCUAACAGAGCCCAACGUGCAGAAACACAACCAAAGGCUAGAGAGGUCCACGGCGCCGAGAGAUCGUGCUAAAUCGAGACGUCACAAGAGGCCCGAAGAAGUGGAAGAAUCUCCUCUAGACGCCGACGAAGAAGAUGACGAAGGUUCUCCGCUGUACUGCAACUGGGACCUCCGCGGCAUGCAGCACUUGCUGCCGCUGCAGGACUAUAUCAUACAGCAGGCCAAGCUGUCCAGAGGCGGUCGCUACGCUGACGGCUCGGGUUCCGACAACGAGUCGAACUCAUCCCGCUCGCGCUCCGGGUCCCGCGGCUCGCGCUCGCUGUCCGGCCACGAGCCCGACAACGAGUCCAGCGACGGCGGCGCGCGCACGCCCGACGACGACGACGGCUCCGGCGUCUACCUCUCCCACCAGCACGCCGAGUACAUGAACCACGGCGUGGCCUACUACAACACCUUCCACGAGCCCGACAAGGAGUACCACCGGCCUGUCGCGGGCGCGGAGGCGUUGUACAGUCCCGUGCGUGCGCAUGCGCCGCGGCCGCCGGAGCAGGACAUCGAGAUCUUCGCCAAGGACCACCUCAACUUCAACAAGGGCAUCUUUAGGAAGAAGGCGUCAGUACGCGAUAUGUUAUCAUGGACGUCGUCAGGCAUCAGCGCACCUAUGGUGGGCGCGGACUGGGACAAGGCACACAAGAAGGCAGCUACCGACCUGUUCAGACUAGUCCAGAUAUACAUGGGCGAUCGCAAGGCCAGGCCGGGCAUGACGCUCAACUCCGUCGCUCAGGACUUGCUGCACGCCACCUUCGCUAAUGAGAAAUUGCGAGACGAGCUGUACGUGCAAUUGUGCCGGCAAACGACAGAGAACCCGCUGCGAGACUCGCUGCUGCGUGGCUGGGAGCUGCUGGCGGUGUGCCUCGCCUUCGUGCCGCCGUCGCCCGCCUUCCAGCCCGCGCUCACCAACUACGUCAACCGUCAUCGCGACCCCGCCUUCGCGGACGCCUUCCCUGAGGUUGGCAAAUGGCCGAUCCACGUACAAGUGUCACACUACGCGGGCGUGGCGUGCAAGCGGCUCGAGCGGAUCGGCGUCAGCGGCAAGCGGCAGCCCAGGAAACCCACCACAGAGGACAUCGACCAGGCGAGGAUCCAAAUAUUCCGACAGUCUAUGUUCGGCAACACACUAUCAGAAGUCAUGGCGCUUCAAAAGGAGCGGUUCCCUAACCGGCAGUUACCGUGGGUUCAAGUCGCGCUCUCGCAGCAGGUGCUAGCGCUGAGCGGGCGCGAAACUGAGGGCAUCUUCAGGGUAUCAGCUGAUGUGGAUGAGGUGGCGGCGCUCAAGGCGAAGAUUGAUAAUUGGGAGUUACCAGACGCUUCGACCCUCACUGAUGCCCACGCGCCGGCGAGUUUGCUCAAACUGUGGUACCGAGAGUUAUACGAGCCUUUGAUACCAGACGCGCUGUACGCGCCGUGCGUAGCUGCGGGUUCAGACUACGCUGCGUGCUCGAGGGCGCUACAGCGUCUGCCGGCGCUGAACCGACUGGUACUAACCUAUCUCAUAAGUUUUCUCCAGCAAUUCACCGCUCCAGAAGUCGUAAGUCAAACCAAAAUGGACUCCGCUAACCUGGCCAUGGUGUUCGCGCCCAACUGCCUCCGCUGCACCUCCCAGGACCCCAGGGUCAUCCUGGAGAACGCGCGGAAGGAGAUGACCUUCCUGAAGACCCUUAUCACGAACUUGGACACGUCUCAUGUGCAGGACAUGCUGUGACCGAAUCUCAAUAACAAUUAUGGGAACGAUAAUUGUUCGUUGCAAACGUUCUUGGUUUUAACCAUUUCUAUGUAUAAAACCUAACUGACAAGGUAUGCGUUUAUAUUGAUAUAAGUAAGUUUGGGAUGCAUCUAGAGAUAGUCAAUUUAGCCCAAAUCUCAUAUUACAUAUAAUCUAGAUGCGUUACUAGGGAAAAAUUGAGGGUUAGGUUAUAUGAUGCAUAGCCCUCAGUGAUGAGGUAAGGGAUGUUCAAAAUAAAAUUUGCUUUAAUGAACGUUCAUGUAACGUGCCGUGGCCCACAAGACCUUAAGCCGCCGAUACACCUGUCCUGUGAAUUCCGUAACUCUUGUAUAAACCUUUAUAACUCUAAAAUGAGAAAAUAAGGAUUACUAGUGCAAACGUCACGAGCCAAUGUGCCGUUUUGAACAAAAAGGUAUCUUAGAUCGAUCGAGACUAACAGUGCGACUUAAAAAUUUAGAAAUUAAUAGAGGGCACUUUCUUCGGAACUGUGACAUUCUGACGUAAAACUCUUAGACAUGGUAACAAUUUUGUAAGGAUUAACCAAUAAAAUACAGAUUUUAAUUUAAGUCCCUUUGUAAGCAAAUACGCAUUCUUGCUCUUCAAGGUUCCUUUCUGUAUAGACGGCACAAAUAUUAAGGCAUUUACCGAAUUCCCAUAAUUAUAUUGGACAUUCUUGUAUAUUGUUUGUAUUUUUGUACGCUAUAUGAUAAUUUUAUUUGGUCGUAUCCAAAGAUAUUUAAUAAAAUGUGAUUUUAAUUACAUUAGAAUCUGAGCUUUACAAAAGUGUACGUGCAAUGUGUUUCGGAAAUGAACGGUUGCUUGUUUAUAUUUAGUUUAGUUGUAGAGUGAAUGAAUUUAUUUUUACUACUUUAUUUUUAUUACGUAUUACUUACCAUAGUAUUAAGUUCUGCUAUUGAAUAAGGCAGCUAUAUUUUUCAAGACGAAUUAUACGCAUUAUUAUGUUAGAUUAAGCAAUUUAAUCGUAUUGAGGCACCUAUUAAGACUACCGAGAUUUACAUCCGUCAAUUCGCCUACUGCCUGAUGUAGUAGGCUAGUUGUCUAUUGUUGAAUUCACUUUUAGUAGACCAAGUAACCGAUUUUAACUAUUCAGAAUAUACAUACGCAUACGCACUUAUAACCAUACUUGUGCACUUAGCGACGUUAUAAAUUGUAUUUAUUUUUACGGUUGACAUUUUGUUGAGUAAGUGAUGUCGUCGUUUAGAAAACUAGCCUAUUAUGAUUGGCGCGGAUAUAUAAAGUAGAACAAUGCAAUUUGGGCUCAAUUUUGUUUACUCUUAAAUUUGAAUUCACAAACACAUUAUGUUAAUAAGUUAGUAGAUAAACCACAUCACAAGUAGUUACUAUAUUUUAGUCAAUAAUUUAUGACGCAU